AUGUCUAUUGAAUUGGGAAGAGGUGUGAAGCGCGCUGCGCGACAAGAGCAGGACAAUGAUCGGUCAUCGAAUGCGCUCUUCAAUUUUGGCAACGACAACAGCAUGUACGAUCUCUCUCCCGCACAACCUCCUCGCCAAGCACCUGCACAGCGCCAUUCCGAAGGUCUUCUCCGGAAGGACGCUACAAUUCGUCGCGCGACUGAGAGUGCACGCGCGAAUGAUGGACUGAAAAGGAGCACAAGCAACCCCAAACAGCGCGCAGUGUCCGACAAUUCUGCAAGAGCGACGACUUCAGCGAAUGAGCCAGUCCAGGAACGUAAAGCUUCGAGAGGAAGAUUCAGUGCACCCCAUGUAUCCACCCGCGCGAACGUCAUCCCAAUUCGCUACAGUCAUCCCGUCGGCCUUGAAUUUAACAAUGGAACGGCCACCGGGAAUUUGACGACGCAGACGACCCAGACCGUGACAUACACCAACAACCAGUCAUUCGCCCUACCGAAUGUACCGAACAUCGCCGAGCUCAUCUCGGGCGUGAGGACAGAUGCUACCCCCGUCAAGCGUCCUUCACGAUCUCGCUUCGCUUCGGCAUCUUUCAAGCCUCAGCCAAGAGAGCAUCUGCCAGUUCAAGGAAUCGCGGUCCCCGAAGACGAGCGAGCGAUCUAUGCGUCUUUGCAAACGCUGAAGGAUAGAAUUAAUCAGCUGGAAGCGGAGAGAAGCGAUACGCGGAAACGUGAGGAGGAUUAUGAGAAUGAGCUGAUGGACUUGAGGAGCCGUGUGGACAUGCAGGGGAAACGUCCGGACAGUGGCGUUGGCAUGGAGAAUGAGAUCAAUGCAGAACAACACUCGAAACUUCAGGCUGAAGUGAAGGCUCUACAGGAACGUCUGAACCGUUCUGAGCGCAAGACGAAUGUGUCCGAUACUGCUAUGAGCCGCAUCACAAAGGAACGUGAUGCUCUGGUCGUCCACAUUGGUUCAGCAUACGCUAGGAACGAGCAGCUCGUUGAAGAGAAUGAGGCGCUCAAAGCAAGCGAAGCUCAAUUGGAGGCCGAGAAUGAGCAAUUGCGUGAGGAAGUCCAUGCUCUCAGGGAAACGAAUAAUGACUACUCUGAGCGACUCGACCGCGUGGAGAAGAGAACCACCAUUCGACGUAAGGAUUCGGCGUCGAAAGGUGAAGGAGCGGGAGAGGCGGGGAAUGGCCCGUGGAACAUCAUCUCCAACGAAAGGAUGGCAGAGAACAGCAUUCGCAGCCGGAAAGAAGGCAGAGCCACUUCAGGAGCGUCAGAGCAGACCCACCGCCGCAAGCAAAGCGAGCAUACCGACGAUGCAUUGAUUCGUGAGAUCACAAGCCGAAUUGAGCGCGAGAUGCAGAACAUAAAAGAGAACACGCUGGCUGAGAUUCGAGAGGCACGUCGUGCGCAGGCGCAACCACGACGUUCGAGCAACGCUCGUUCUCGGUCGAGGUCUCAGCGUCGUGGAGCUUCGAUGGAGGAGGAGCGUAGCACCACCACAACUUCGAAGCGACACGUCUCUGCUCCAGCGGAGAUGGAAGUCAGCGGAGGAGACUCCACGACCGACAUUGACGUGUAUCGAAAGGCACGCCCGGCCAAGACUGUCGUUCAAACAGCAGUCGAGGCUGUAGAGGAGGACCUCACUGUGCUGAGUGAACUCGACUUCGAUGCCUACGUGGAUCUGCGCAAGAAGCUCGAGCAGGAACUCCGUGACGGGAAGUUGUCAUCACGCCGCAAGACGUCGACGCACAAGGAAGAUACCACAAAGAUGUCCACCGGUCGUCUCUCGAUCCCGCGAAAGUCCUCCAUGAAGGACAUGCCGAACAUCGAAUCCACCAACAAUACCGCGACCGCUCGCACGCUCGAAGACAUUCUCAAGAUCUCGAAGACCGUACGUGUGCAGUCUCCUCAUUCCUCCGACUUCCAAAGCCAUACGGAUCAACAGCAGCAGUCCGAAGACGUCGAUGAAGUAGGCGACACUUCCACGCUCAGUAACACCUCUCGUCGCCGUCGCCGAAGCGGUCCUUCCAACAACUUGACCUCGGCCUUCAUCGUCCCGGAUAUCACCUUUCACCAGAACCUCACCGAAACCACCAUCACCUCGAAGAAUAUUCCACACGAGCCGGCCACCUGCACCGGCUGCACCGUCCACCCUGCCAUCCCAACUCCCAAGCCAGUCUCAACCCGCGAAGAAUUGGCAGAUCUCACCACAGCGACUAUCCGCCCAUCUCAAGACCCCGACCUCGCCCUCGCAGAGGUCAUCAAGAAACUCUCAGACGAAGUCACCCACCUCAAACUCUCGCGCGAGAAGGUGAAUCGAAAGUACAACGCCCACGACCCCGCUGUGGGUAGGCGCCGUCGCGCAGAGUUGAAGGCUGAAUUGGAGAGACUGACGGAUUUAUUGGAGAAGCGGUGUGAUCUGGUGUAUGGACUGUACGACGUGCUGGAAGGACGCAAGCCGCAGACCAUGAAUGCGGUUGACGCUGAGGAGAGCAGUGUGGUAGGAGGCGAGGAAUGGGGCCCCGCUCUGUCCGGACGCAAGAGCCGCAGCAAGGUCGAGGGACUGCCAGAUUUGGAGAGCGUGGAUGACGAGGGAAGUGAGAGUGAGGAGUUGCCUUGGGAGGGCAUCAGCGAGAGUGGAGAUGACGAGAGCUUGAUGGGCAGUGAAGUUGGGCAGAGGACAAGGAGGAGCAGUGGUGGAUUUUGA